AUGUCUAGCUAUGAAGAAAUCUAUUUAGGAUCUGCCAACCAACUCACCCCUCUUGACACCAUAAGCUACUAUGGCAGCUAUUACAGAGGUCUGGGCUAUGGCUGUGGAGGCUUUGGUGGCCUAGGCUAUGGCUAUGGCUGUGGAUGUGGCAGCUUCCACAGACUGGGCUAUGGCUGUGGCUAUGGAGGCUAUGGAUAUGGCUCUGGCUUUGGAGGCUAUGGAUAUGGCUGCUGCCACCCAUCAUGCUAUGGAGGAUAUGGAUUCUCAAUUUUACUGAAAUCCUACCCUAAGGACACAAUAUCAGAGGUCAUAAGAAGAUCAUUCAAAUUAACCAAAUAUUGA